AUGACAAUCUUAGCUUCAAUCUCAUCAAUUGGUAAUGUUAAAUCAAUUUCAAAAUCAAAUAAUUUUUCAUCAUUAUCAAACUCGUCAUUACAAUCAUCAAAUUCAAUUCAAUGUGGCUGCGGUGGGGGUAGUCCAUUAAUUGGUACUGUUGGUAAUCUCGUAGGUGGUGUACUUGUCGGAACUGGUAUUAUUCUUGGUACUGUCGUUGGAACUGUCAAUGGUGUUGUUGGUGGUUUAUUAAGUGGUCCAAACUGUGGUUGCCAUUAA